UAAUAUUUAACCCAUAUAAAUAUUAAUCCAAAGCAUGACACUCUGACAUGAAGUUUUAACGUCUCUACAAUUUAAAAUUUUGAGCCUGCUUCACCAGCUAACAAUGGAAGGCAAGGCCAUCACUUAUUUGGUAAAUCUCUUGCAGUCUUGCAUAGACAAGAAAGCCCACCUAUCAGGCAAACUCCUCCAUGCUUAUAUACUACGUAAUGGCCUCUCUUCCGACACCUUUCUCUCCAACCGCCUCAUCGAAUUAUAUUCCAAAUGUGGUCAUACAGAUACUGCUCGCCAUUUGUUCGAUAAAAUGCCUCACAGAAACAUUUAUUCAUGGCAUGCCAUGUUAGAUGGUUAUUGUAAAGCUAGAAAAUUAGAAGAUGCACAUGAACUGUUUGCAGUAAUGCCUGAAAGAAACACGGUGUCGUGGAACACCUUGAUUAGUGCUUUAGUUCGAAGUGGGUUUGAAAAAAAAGCAUUGGAUGUUUAUCAUAUGAUGAAUCUUGAAGGUUUUAUGCCUACCCAUUUCACAUUGGCUAGUGUUUUUAGUGCUUUUGGUGCAUUGAUGGAGGUAGACUGUGGUAUGGAGUGUCAUGGUGUUGCUAUUAAGAUUGGUCUUGACAAAAAUAUGUAUGUGGCUAAUGCUUUGUUGUGCAUGUAUGCAAAGUGCAGGAGUAUUAGGGAUGCAAUUCGGGCAUUCAGGGACUUGCCUGAACCUAAUGAGGUUUCUUUCACGGCAAUGAUGGGAAUGCUAGCAGAGAGUCACCAGGUUGAGGAGGCAUUUAGUAUGUUUAGAUCAAUGCACAGAACCAGAAUUCAUAUUGAUUCGAUUUCAUUGUCGAGUGUUCUGGGUGUUUGCACAAGAGGAGGAACAGGGGAAUUUUGUGUCACUAGUGAGAUGCAUGGGUUUUCAAGUAAUAUGCAUGGCCAACAAAUACAUAGCCUCACUGUUAAACUUGGUUUUGAGAGAGAUCUUCACUUAAAUAAUUCAUUGCUUGAUAUGUAUGCGAAGAAUGGGGACAUGAACAGUGCUGGGAUUAUUUUUAAUAAUUUACCAGAAGUUAGUGUUGUUUCUUGGAACAUCAUGAUUGGUGGGUAUGGCCAGAAAUAUCAAGCUGAGAAAGCUGCGGAGUAUAUGCAUAUAAUGCUGUGUCAGGGUUUUGAACCUGAUGAGGUCACUUUCAUCAAUAUGCUUUCAGCAUGUGUCAGGUCUGGACAUAUUGAAAGUGGACGUAACAUAUUUGAUAGAAUGGUAUGCCCAAGAUUGAGUUCAUGGAAUGCGAUACUCUCAGGGUAUUCCCAGAACAGAAACCACAAGGAGGCAGUAAAGCUUUUUAGGGAAAUGCAGUUUCGAGGUGUCCAACCUGAUCAGACUACUGUGGCUAUUAUCCUCAGCUCAUGUGCAGGGAUGGGGCUUCUAGAGGGUGGGAAACAAGUCCAUGCUGCCUCAGUAAGGGCUAUGUUUGAUACUGAUACAUAUGUUGCUAGCGGACUUAUCGGUAUGUAUUCGAAGUGCAACAGAAUAGAGAGAGCAGAAUGUAUUUUUGAUAGAAUCCCAGAAUUGGAUAUUGUUUGUUGGAAUUCUAUCAUAGCAGGUUUAUCACUAAAUUCUUGGGACAAGGAAGCUUUCACCUUCUUUAGGCAAAUGCUAGGAAGGGGGAUGUUUCCCACCGAAUUCUCUUAUGCUACUGUCUUGAGUUGUUGCACAAAACUAUCGUCUUUAUCUCAAGGGAGACAGAUUCAUGCUCACAUAGCACAAUAUGGAUAUAUUAACAAUGUCUUUGUGGGGACUGCUUUGAUUAAUAUAUAUUCUAAAUGUGGUGAUGUAGACGGGGCCAAACAACUUUUUGAUGAGAUGCCUUGUAAAAAUACUGUUACUUGGAAUGAGAUGAUCCAUGGGUAUGCACAGAAUGGAUGUGGCAACGAGGCUGUUAUUCUCUACGAAGACAUGAUUGGAUCAGGAGAGGAACCUGAUGCCAUUACCUUUGUUGCUGUUUUAACUGCUUGUAGCCAUUCAGGACUGGUAGAUAUGGGGAUCAAAAUAUUCAAUUCAAUGCAGCAUGAACAUGGUGUGGAACCACUUUCAGAUCAUUACACUUGCAUCAUGGAUGCUCUGGGCCGUGCUGGUCGGUUCCAUGAAGCAGAAGUACUUAUAGAUAAGAUGCCCUAUAAAGAUGAUCCAAUUAUAUGGGAGGUUUUACUCAGUUCUUGUAGGGUUCAUGCUAACGUAAGCCUAGCAAGAAGAGCAGCAGAGGAGCUUUUCCGCUUGGACCCUCAAAACUCUGCCCCUUAUGUGCUUCUUGCCAAUAUAUAUUCUUCUUUGGGAAGAUGGGAAGAAGUAAAGGUUGUUAGGGAAAUGAUGAAUGAUAAGCAGGUAUUCAAGAAUCCAGGUUAUAGCUGGGUUGAACAUAAGAAUAGGAUGCAAGUCUUUAAGGUUGAUGAUGAUUUUAGGAUGGCGAUUGAUGAAUUUGAAGAAGAAAAUGUUGAAAUAUGUUACUUUAAUGGAUGAUACAAUGGCAAGACAAUUUGAUAUGUGGCAUUUGUAUUGCUCAGAAGAUUGGUGUUGACUAGGUGAUAUCAUCCUCCCUAAGGCAACAAUCCUGAGUUAUAUGAACGUGAUGGACCAAAACAUCUGAGGUUCCAAAUGGAAUAAGUAGCAAAGUGACUUUCUUUCUUGUUUAUACCAAAAGAUGACUGAUUCUCUUACAGAAGCUGGAGAGAACCAUUGGCUUCUUGGGAGCCCGGGAGGUACAUUAACAGCAUUUUGCGUCCUUCCAAAAUUUGAUGUACACAUGCAACAUUAUUCUCUGAUUAAAAUGAACUAAAAGAUAAGCAACACAUGUAAUCUCUGCGGUAAUAUUCUUCAUGUGACACGAAAUAUGCGUGCAAAUUGGAAUGUUGCCAAAUUAUGUCACUAGAAGAAAGCUCUAGAUUAAUUUUGUAAAAAAGGUUGUAUCACUGUUAUAAGGCUCCCGUUUAUAGCAGGGUUGGGAGAGGUAAUAGGUAGGCAUCCUUUUUUUUCUCUUUUUUUUUUUAUAUCUCAAGGUGUCCAGGCCAGCUUACGCGCAUAAUUUGUUUUUUUUUUUUUGCACGGAAGAGACUGAUCCCUGUGGCUAGGGGCAGAUAGCACUUGCCUUAGUGCUAGGUCACUACCCAUUAUCCAUAUAAUUUUGUUUAUGCUGUUGGCUUUCAUGCUCUUGUUUUUUUUAUAAUGACACUCAACAACCUUCUAAGUGCAAAGAUAACGUCCCAAUAUUUGGCCAUCGUUAGAUAAUGGAAGGGAGCUGUGUAUAUUGCGAACAAAAGUAAGGCAGCACGGUGUAAUUUCAGAAACCAUGAGGGAGGUCCCUAUAAUUGUCAGAAACUUAAGGAGAGGUCCGUGUAAUUAACCCAUUGAAUUUUGAUUAUUUGUACAUUGCAGUGGUAAUAUAUUCAUAUUUUGUUAGACCUGAAACAGGAUGCUGGAGAUGCUACGUUGUAGUAGGAUUCCUGAGGGUCAAAAUGAUUUUUACGUAUUUGAUUGGGUAGUCGCUGGCUAAUGAUGCUGUUGACAUUUUCAGGGACGCAGCAGACCAUAUGGUGAACUACAUUGACCAAAUUUGGACCCAAGGCUUUGAGAUUGACUACUUAAGCAUUUGUUGUCGACUGGGCAUGGAUCAUUAUCAUGCUGUCACUAUACUUCUCACACUCAGAAAUCAAAUUGACACUGUACUAAGGGUGCUUUUUCUAGUCUAGGCAUGCAGAACCCAUGCAGUUGAUGUGGUCUGCGUGAUAAGAAGGUAUUUAAAUCGCGUGAGUAAGGUGGUAGUUUUCUAUGCAUUACUAGUUUUAUGCAACCUAACUUAUAUCUUCAAACCAAGCUCUGUAGAGAUGAUGAGAACCAUGAUCUUAGCUUGGAGAUAGAUGUGAGAUCUCCUAAUUGAGUCCUAGAGUGAUAGGUCUACCUUUAUUUCCUAUCCUUCUCUAGAGUAGGUUAUCUUAAGUAGUUACCCUUAUAUACACCUUGCAGACAGCUGAGAGCCCUUCAAUUGUGAUGGGUUUUUGUUUCUUGUGAAACUUACAGCAUCAUUUAUAUCACUGAAUUAUUUAUUGUGGGAUAGUGCAUGUAUGCAUGUGAACAUCUGGUGCACUGUUAUUAAGUCUGGCUUUUAAAGAGAAUGUUUACUCACUAUUACCUUUUAGUGUAAUUCAUCGUAUAUGAUAAUGAUAAAAAUAUGAACUUCAUUAAAUUCGCCAUGGUCAUCUAUUUAUCUGUACAUAUAUGCAUUUAAGGGCUCCAAUCUUAACCAGGUUUCAUAAUUCAGCAAGUUUUUGGGCAUUGUAUUAUGAUAUUUUGACAUCUGAAGCCUUCAAAUUUUUCAACGAUGUACUUUGUGAUUGUGUUCUUGUCUGUCCAUGC